GAUAGGCGGGAGCUAGAAAACCCGCCUUGCCGCUUUGUGUGCGACUCCCAUUGUUAUGGCGGAGAGACAUGUAUCUUGUCAGUAUAUCCAUAGUCGUUGGUGAUUAAUCGUAUGGGAAGCCAGCCGCAUUCACCUGUACAGUAGGCCCAACUUGGACUUGGAAUGGAUGAAAACCUGAAGUUCGUCAAACAAAUGACUGUCAACCCCUUACGCAAGGCACUUCUGAGCAUGCGUAGUUACACAGUUUGAUCACUUCCUAUCUCUGCUUCCUCCUCUCCCGGUCAAAGAUUUAGCUAUUUCAAACACAAACCGACUAGCUACAUUUUUCUGAAUAUUCUCUUCACUGAUGAAGAAUGGCGGGUAGUUUUGGAAAGAUCAUCGUCGGCGUGUACGUUGAAAUAAAGAGAAGCGAUGGACGAAUACACCAAGCCAUGGUCACGUCGUUGAAUGAAGAUAAUGAGAGCGUCACCGUGGAGUGGAUAGAAAAUGGAGACACCAAAGGGAAAGAGAUUGACUUGGAGAGUAUAUUUGCACUAAACCCAGACGUGGCCCCAGAAGAGGAGAUCGCCCCCGGACCAGAGACCCCGCCCCCACCAACGCCCACCUCUGUGAAGGUCAACAAGAUCCCCAAGAACCGACGAACAAUAGCACCCGCUAAGAAUGACACUCCGUCCAGGGAUAACAGAGGUGUGUUGGUGUCGACCAGGGCCAGACCAGCUCAGCCCCAGCAGCCAGAACCUGCUCCCCCUCCCCCCGUCCAGCAGCCAGCCCAGCCCGCACAGACAGCCCAACAGUUAGCCAAUGCGAGGAGGAAGUCCAACUGUGUGAAGGAAGUGGAGAAACUGCAGGAGAAGCGGGAGAGACGACGGAUACAGCAACAGGAGCUGAGAGAGAAGAAAGCACAGGAGGUGGACACCACCAUCCCGAACUAUGAGAUCCUGUAUAUGAUCAGAGACUUCCGUGCCAGUCUGGACUACCGGCCGCUGUCCACCGCAGACCUGAUUGAAGAGCACAGAAUAUGUGUUUGUGUGAGGAAACGUCCACUCAACAAGAAAGAGUUGACUAUAAGGGACCUGGAUGUGAUCACCAUCCCCAGUAAGGAUGUGGUGAUGGUCCAUGAGCCCAAGCAGAAGGUGGACCUGACACGCUACCUGGAGAACCAGACCUUCCGCUUUGACUACGCCUUCGACGACAGCACCACUAAUGAAAUGGUUUACAGGUUUACUGCCAGGCCCCUGGUGGAAACUAUCUUUGAGAGGGGCAUGGCCACGUGCUUCGCCUAUGGACAGACUGGUAGUGGCAAAACACAUACUAUGGGUGGAGAUUUUUCUGGAAAGAACCAGGAUUGUUCUAAAGGAAUUUAUGCAUUAGCAGCUCGGGAUGUAUUUGUCAUGUUGAAGAAACCCUGCUACAAGAAGUUAGAUCUUCAGGUGUACGCAACCUUCUUUGAAAUCUACAGUGGAAAGGUGUUUGACCUGCUGAAUGGUAAGGCUAAGCUCCGGGUGUUGGAAGAUGGGAAGCAGCAGGUGCAGGUGGUGGGGCUGCAUGAGAGAGAUGUCAAAUGCACAGAGGAAGUCCUCAAACUCAUAGAAGUGGGCAACAGCUGCAGAACGUCAGGUCAGACCUCGGCCAAUGCCCACUCGUCCCGUAGCCAUGCAGUGUUCCAGAUCAUUCUAAGGAGGAAGGGGAAGAUGCACGGCAAGUUCUCCCUGAUCGACCUGGCGGGGAAUGAAAGGGGUGCCGACACGUCCAGCGCUGACCGCCAGACACGCCUGGAGGGAGCCGAGAUCAACAAGAGCCUGCUGGCACUAAAGGAGUGCAUCAGGGCGCUGGGGCGGAACAAACCUCACACUCCGUUCAGGGCCAGCAAGCUCACCCAGGUCCUCCGAGACUCCUUUAUAGGGGAGAACUCCCGCACAUGCAUGAUAGCAACUAUCUCUCCUGGUAUGACGUCCUGUGAGAACACCCUCAACACGCUACGCUACGCUAACAGAGUAAAGGAGUUUGGGAUCAGUCCCUCAGAUAUCCCCUUCUCCCAGGGCGGUGGAAGUCGCUCGGAGCUCUCGGAGCUCUCGCCCACCUAUGAGUACGAUGACUUUGCUACCUCUCCCAGCAGAGUGAAGGAGCUGACGGUGGACCCUAACCAGGUGAUAGAGGGGGUCCGGCCCAACAUCCAUGUGGUGGACCAGCUGGAUGAUGACUGGGACCACCUGGGCAGCUCCCCCCAGAGAGACGACCUCAAACUGCUCUGUGAGCAGAACGAGGAGGAGGUGUCCCCCCAGCUCUUAACCUUCCAUGAGGCUGUCUCUCAGAUGGUGGAGAUGGAGGAACAGGUGCUGGAGGACCACAGAGCUGUCUUCCAGGAGUCUAUCCGGUGGCUGGAGGAUGAGAAGGUUCUGCUGGAGAUGACUGAGGAGGUGGACUAUGAUGUGGACUCGUACGCCACUCAGCUGGAGCAGAUCCUGGAUCAGAAGAUUGACAUCCUUACGGAGCUCAGAGAUAAAGUCAAGUCGUUCCGCUCAUCGCUCCAGGAAGAAGAACAAGCCAGUAAGCAGAUCAAUCCUAAGAGGCCGCGUGCCCUGCUGUAGACCAGACCAGGGUGGGGUGUGUGGUCGACCAAGGAGAGGAGGGGUGUAUGGUCUGUGUGUGGAGGGGUAGUGGUACAUACAGGAACAUAAACACUAGAUACACUACAUAUACAAAAGUAUGUGGACACCCCUUCAAAUUAGUGGAUUAGUCUAUUUCAGCCACACCCGUUGCU